GCGACACCUGUUGUUAUGCGCAUGUAUGCAGGGCAAAGCAACAAAUGUCAAUGGUGGGUGAUACGAUAAUCGGCAUUUUUAUUAAAUAUUGGACAAAUUCGGUGAAUAAUGUUUUUUGAUCGGGGUGAUUCCUAGCGUAGGUUUCCUCAAUGUUUUGUAUGUGGUUCAUUAAAAUGUUAAUAACAGAUGACUUCAGUAAUUUAUUCGUACAAUUACUUGUUGCCAUAUUAAUUGUUGCUAUUGUGUGCUUUGCUUGGUGGUCAACCAAUAUUAGGGAACAACCUCAUUAUCGGACAGUUUUUUUGUUGGAAAGAAGAUUACGUAGACGUAUACAUCAGUCUAGAUUAACUACACAUAUACAAAGUUCAUCAAUUGUAGAAGGUGAUCAACGAAUGGAAGAACCGACCACUCCUGUAGCUAAUAAUCAAAGUGCAGAAACAAACUCGUCAAAUUUGGAAGGCAAUAAACCACCAGUUGCCACAACCAGUAGCACAAGUAAUUUAGGCGUUUCCUCCACACAAACAUCAGGCAGUUCACAGAACACAGAGGAAGAAGAAUUGGCUGAUAUUGUCAGAAUAAUGGAUGCCGAUACAAAUAUAGUUAGAAGUCGCCGAUUAGCGUAUUAUGAAAAUUUAGAUGCUAGUCAGAAUCGUCAACAGCACAGUGGUGAAGUUGCCCGUGAUCCACCGUCCGAAAACACGGUAGACAGAGAUGUCAAUAACUCAGUCGAAACCAUAAAUGAUUCCAUAAUGGAGCACAAUUAUGCAGAACGUGAUCCUAUAAGUGUAAAUAACGAUAACGAGGAAAAGCCAAGCAAUAGUAAAUUUGAAACUGAGCAGUGCGCCGCAGCUACCAAUGAAAAUAGUGAUUCCAAUAUUCGUAUUAAGUUAAAAUAUCUAAAUGACGAAUUAAAACUUGUAAAUGGGCGGUUAGAAGAACAAUUAGGAGAUUUUAAACGGAGACACUUCCAUCUUGAAUUUUCAACAAAUAAAUUGGUUAGGCUUAUAUUUAAUGGUCAAGUUCUUCAACCGGAUACCGAAACGCUGCAGAGCUGUGGAUUAUUUGACAAUUGUGUAGUACAUUGUUUAAUACAUCAACAGAGAAAUACACAUACUGAAGGAAAUAAUAAUGAAGAUAGCUUUACUAGUACGAGAAAUUCUACUAACGGUCUUCCACGAAGAAAUAGUAAUCAAGGGAGAGAUUGGGAUUUGGGAAACAUAUUGUUUGUUUUACUUAGUUUUAUAAUAGGGUCAGCAUGGUACUUCAGGUACGAAUAUGCACACUUAUACAAUGUGACAGCAACAGUUGCAUUAGUCGCCAUAACUGGUAUAUUUACAGUUUUUUUAAUUGGAAUGUACUUUCCCGAUCCAGUACCACAACCCGCUCCCCCACAGGCAGGACAAGAAUCAACUUAAUUGUCUUUUUUAAAUAUAUUAUAUUGUUGUUUGAUUACCACAUUAUUUAUAUUCUUUAUUUCUAAAACUGUAAAUAAAUUAUUUAUUAAGGAGAAAA